AUGAGCUCCUGGCUGGCCGAGUACAGCGCGUCCCUCGACCUCCGCGAUGCCCGGGAAAAGGCGCAAAUAACCUACACUAACGCCUACACCAAACUCGCCGACCGAACCGCAGCAGCCGAAGCCCGCGCCGCACAAGCUCCUUCAGCCCUGUCUUCCUCCCCCGUACCAGCCAGCGCCGCCAGACCAAGCACACCCCUACGAGGCAAGAGCUCCCCGCGCGGUAAACAAGAAGACUCCACAUCCUCUCCAGACGACGCCCUCUCCCGCAUCCGCGCCGACUUAGCCUCCACCCAGCGGUCCCGCGCCGAGCUCCAAGCCAAGCUAGCCCCGCUCACCACCGAGCUCGAGACACUCAAGAAGCAAUCCACCCUCUCAGACAGGCGCAUCGCCGAGCUGACCCGUGAGAAGAUCAUGCUGGAGAGGAAGCUCCGCGACCGAUACGACGAGACUAAAGGCAAGAGCAAGCUGGUCGAGGAAGUGCAGGAUGAGAUGGUGAGCCUGAACCUGCAGCUGAACAUGGCGGAGCAACGGGCGGAGAAGCUGGAGGGGGAGAAUCGGGAGUUGGUUGAGCGGUGGAUGGUUCGGAUGGGGAAGGAGGCCGAGGAGAUGAAUAGGAGGAGUAGGUGGGAGUGA